GUUUCUUGGAGGUGGUGCUUUUAUAUUAAUCUGUCUACGGGCGGCGCGGCUACACUAACUAUGAUUCUCGCCUUCUACUCUCUUAGUAGAAAGUUAGAAAAUGGGCUAGCUUUAGAUCGCAUUGAGAAAGUUAAUCUCGUCGGUGCCGCUUUAUUUAUUUUAUCUAUCGUUAUGAUUCUUCUUACUCUCUAA